AGCUGGGUCAGUAGUUGGUAAAACUCCGCAGCGACGCAGCUGCAGCUCCUCCAACGUUUAACCUUUAGAUCCGGAUCAGAGCCUGUGAGAGGUUCGGAGCAGAGCACCGGGGAGCUGCUCACCUACCGGCCGAACCCAGGGGAGGAUCUGAGCUGGUUCUGCGGCUGCCAGCAGCUUCUCCUCCCAGCAGAUCACAUGACCUCAUCAGCUGAUUAUUUCUCUUUUUAAAAUUCAGUGAAACUCAUCCACAGGAAGUGAAACUCUCAGUGUGUGUGUGGAUCUUGAGGGGCGGAGUCAGUCCAGGCGGGUUUCAUUUCCUGUGUGGGCGGAGACACUGAAUGUCUGAGAGAUGUGAUGCUGAGCAGAUGUCACUCAAACCACGACCAGCAGCAGCCAAUCAGCUCACAGUGUGGAGGACCAUCAUGCAUCUGAAGCCAAAGCUGGUUCGCUCAGAGCGGAGCGCUGUGUUCCUCAGCCAGCAGGGGGCGCUGCUCAGGACUGGGAGCGGUAACCAUGGCAACCGCCUCCCACUCAGCGUCAUCUCAACCAACACGCUGCGCCGUGGCAACGGUGUCACCCACGGCAACAGCAGCGUGGUGACAUCGCUGCGGUUGAAGACGUCCGGCGGUUCGCUGCAGCUCGUCUCCUCGCCGCCGUCGAGCUGCGAGAACGAUUCGCUGCGUCUGUUCCACGAGGACGCAGACGCUCCGCUGGACAUCUGGGCCGCCAUCAAGCCCGGACAUGUCCGCGAGAAAAUCGCCAUCUUCGCCUCAGAGACUGGACGCUCGGAUGCCGCAGGCGGCAGCGAACGCACCUCCAGUUGCGGCUCCGGCGCCGUGUCGACGCCGCAGCGACCCGGGAAGGCAAAAGGAAGCUGGGAGGAAACGAGCAACGCUAAGCGGCGCCGGAGGAGCAACCAGAACCUCCAACAGGACCUGAGGAUCCAGAUCCUGGAGUCUCCUGAACACGCUCAAAAACCCUCGCCUCAGGGGGGGGGCGAGGAGACGGGCGAGGAGGGGGGGGAAGAGGGGGACAGGAAGUUGUCGGUGGGAGACAUGGUGGCGUUCCUCGAGCUGAGAGCAAAACAACCAGAAAACAAACCGUCACUGCAGAGAAGCUCCGCCUCCAUCACGCUGUCCAGAGCCCCGCCCCCUGAGGUCAGGGAGGGGUCAGAGGUCAGGGAGGAGCCAGAGAUCGUGCGGGUGUCAGACAUGGUGGCCAAGCUGGAGGGUUUGUCCCACAGAGACGGUCUGAGGAGGACGGUGGGACGCGUUCUGCUCGCCGCCGGGGACCAAAGCCCCGCCCCCUGCACACCCGCAGCCCUGACAUCACCGCUGACAACGUCACUGACAUCACCACCUUCGUCAUCACUGUGGGCAGCUCAGCCAAUCAGCUGCUCAGAAACACCAAGAACAGAGUCCUCAGCUCUGACCCCGCCCCCUCCUGCUUUAGCCCCGCCCUCCUCAGCUGACGUGGUGGACACGCCCCCCAAGAAGGAGGGGGCGGAGCCUCUGCCCGGCUUGUUGUUCCUGUCUCCGCAGCCCCGCCCCCCCACAAACGCUAAGCCCCGCCCCUCUCACCUUACAAUGACAUUUGACCUGGACGCUGCCCCCCCCCUGUCACCUCCUGUAUCAGAGAGGCAGCAGCGUGGCGUGGAGGAUGCGGUUGCCGCGGUGACGGCGUCGCGGCAGGGCUUCCUGCAGGUGCGUCAGCGGGUGCAGCAGCUGUUGGAGCCUCAGCCGUACCUGUCGCUGCUGCCUCACCACCUGCUGCUGAAGGUGCUGCAGCUGCUCGACACGCAGAGCCUCGCAGUGCUCAAGUGCAGCUGCCGCUACUUACUGUUCAUCAUCGACACGUACGGCGUGCGGCCCGCAGACUCGCUCUGGGUGUCCGACCCCCGUUACCGUGACGACCCCUGCAAGCAGUGCAAGAAGCGGUACGGCCGCGGCGACGUGUCUCUGUGCCGCUGGCACCACAAACCGUUCUGCCAGGCGCUGCCCUACGGCCCCGGAUACUGGAUGUGUUGCCGUGGCACCCGCAGGGACGCACCCGGCUGCAACGUCGGUCUCCAUGACAACCGCUGGGUGCCGGCGUUCCACAGCAUCAAUGUACGAUCUACAGAGCCGAGGGCGACUGAGAGAGUGUGUGUGUGUGUGUGUGUGUGUGUGUGUGUGUGUGUGUGUGUGUGUGUGUGUGUGUGUGUGUGUGUGUGUGUGUGUGUCUGCUCCCAUGAUGUAACACAGACUCAGAUUCUGGUUUAAAGAAUAAAAAGAUAUAUUUUGAGUUAUUUUAAGAGACUCUGGACUGUGGCCCCCCCUGCUGCUCACCUCACAGCCGACCCCUGACCCCCCGACCCCUGACCUGGAGGAGGAGUCCCGGCCAGGACUCUUCCUCUCCUCACAGAUCAGAGUCACAGCUGGUUUAUAUUUAUUUAUGAAUCCUGACAUAGUUAUAUAUCAUUCAUAUCUCACAGUGGGGGGGGCAACGUUAUCUGCACCUUGCUAGUGUUUACAGGGACUGAGUGGCUGAGUGAUAAUCAUCAGGACUGUGUGAUGAUGAUGAUGAUGAUGAUGCUGAUGAUUAUGAUGAUGAUGAUGCAAUAAGAAUAACUGACUGUGGAGAAGAGAAAAAAAAGAUGGGGAGAAAAAUAAUGACUUUGGACCUCCAGAGAUUUUUUUGUUGUUUUUUUUAAUUUUCUAUCUGCUGUCUGAUUGGUUUAUUUUCUCUGUUCUGCUUUAAUAAAGUCUUUCUCAUUGGUUCAUGUUUGGGUUGAAAA